UCUACCCUGCUCAAGAGUAUGGCCAUUCUUCUUGCUACACUGGGGGGUAAGGAAAUAGACAUCUUGGAUCUUAUAUGUCCUGGAUAUUCUCAAGAAGAGGUAAGGAAUGGGAGCACAAGUCAGUCACCAGGAGGAUCAGUUUACACUGGAUUUAUUGGACGGUCUCAGUCCUUCUCAACAAGAGAGGAUGUGGAGAAUGAAAUAAAGCAGUGUGGAGUUUCAGUGAAGAACCUCAAGGCCAAUUAUGAAAUUCAGAAUCAGUCUCAGUCUACAGAUAACAAAGCAAAUAAGGUAUAUAAACGCAAGAGGUCACUCCCUGUGGUAAGUGAGCCCAGUUAUCGUCCAGAGACAAUUUGCGAGGAUGUCCCUUGUCCCACUGCUGAGGUCCCACAGUCCCAAACUAAUGGACAUUUACCCUCAGUGGAGGAAUCAGUCUUACCACUUGUUGAAGAACCAGUUAUUGUUGCAUCUCAUGCUCCUCAGACAUAUGAUGCACCUGCUGAGAUAAUGGCUCCAACUGAUAUUGAACAGUUCAACCAGGUUCUUUCUGCAGACCCUAUUUUAAAUAAUGAUCAACUAACAAGAAGCCUGGAGGUACAGACAGAUCUGAGCUUCGUUCAGGAAUGCAUUGAAAUGAGGAAAGAGAGAAUCGUCUUCCUGUUCCUUGAACACUGGCGGAAGUACACUAUCUCUGAAUCUUAUCGGACUAAAUAUUCUGGCAGGAGAGGAAAUCAUUUAGACGUAGCGUGGGAGGACUACAACCAAUUCACUGCACAGAUUGGUGAGGAUAUGCAGAGUGAAGAUGACAAACUCCUACUUUUCAUGAAAUCAAAGCAAGUAGUUGGGAAUCUUAUUGGUCACUGGAGGACAAUCAUGAGUCAAGUGCCCACGCGCCAGAUCCGCAGGCUGAGUCGUGCUCAGAUGAUCUACUGGCCAGAGCACUUCUUGCCACACAUAAAUGGGUCACCUGUGAAUUAUGAAAGUCUAACCCUUGACCUCUUCAUGCUUGGAUACUUCCAGUUGCUAGAAAUGAACAUGUCUCGCAGUGAGCGCAAAUUCCGCCACCUCUUGUGCUAUGAGAUGUUUGAUCGUCUUGGUAGCCAUAAAUGGGAGGUCAUACGGCAGUUUCACAAAGAGGUCAUGGAGGAAAUUGAAAAAGGGAAGCGAGACUGGGGAGAUGGGUUUGAAGACAUAAAAUUAAAGUAUUUUGGAGACUGUAAUGAAGGUGGAGGUGUGAUGACGGCUUCUCUACAUUCCAUGUCUCCCGACCUGUCCAUUAUGCCAAUGCAAGAGCCACUCCCUCCCCCACCUUCACAUCCUCCACCCCCUCCACCACCAACCCAUCCUGCACCCCCACCUCCAAAUCAACAGUCUACUUCCCCACCAGCCUCUAAAUUAGAUGUUUCUCCAUCAUCACCACCUGCUGCAUCCAACAAUGGUGUAUCUGACAAUGGCCACUGUGUGGAGCAGAAAACCCAGAAAGACUCACUGAAGGACAAUGCUCAGGGGGAUGUAAAAACCAGCGAGGCAGUGGUUUCUAAUGGAAGUAGUGAAGCACCAGCAAAAGAUGAGACACAACAAGUCACAGCUGAAAGCUCAGGACCAGUGAAAGAUGUUCCACCGGUUACUGUUAAAAUAAUAGAGGAGCCUCAUGUUGAUAAAGCUCCACCCAGAGAUGAAUGUGAUGAAAAUUCAAUUAAAGUGAUCUAUGAGCUAAAAGAGUUCAGCAAUGAGGAGAUCAUCAGAUACAUCGAUCGAAGCUUUAUUUUUUGGAAAGAAAAGGAAGCUGAGCUUUUUGAUAUCUGACAACUUUGCGGACUAAGGAUCUACUAAAAGUCCUGUUCACCCAUACAACCAAAAACAAAAUCCAUAAAGCGCAGGAUCAGGGAAACUAACCUGCAAAGUGGAGUAUGCUGAGAAAGGAAACUAAUCUAGUGUGUUAGCUUUUAGGCCAUGUCACAUAAGAGACUUAACUGCAGCAAAGCAACGAGCAUACACUUAGCUGUACUGGACUUUACCAUUUGCAAAUGUUGAAGUGGAUGAAAAGCCUGUGAUGUCAAAAGAUAGAAAAAAUUGCUACAUCCAUUUCAUUUUAAAUUGUGUUGAACCAAGAGCCUUUUGAAUAGUAUGUUUGAUUGCCAUGGUACACUACUUCUAGAAAAAGAAGUUUUUAAAGAAAAAGAUUUGCCAUAAAAGUCAUGAAGUAUGUUUGUUUAGAACAUCUUUGUAAUAAAGGGCAUACCUGGUAAAACUCUGCACACUUUCAGAUUGCGUUUUAUGUUGAGAUAGCCUCAGUGAUUUGGUAUCUCAGAAGGGCAAGGGA